AUGGCAGCCCCUUAUAUGGGGCCUUGUUGCUACUGUUGUAAUCGCCCUGGGCAUAUUCAGAUAAAUUGUUUCAAACGGAAAAGAGAUUUGGGCGGGCCUUCUGGUUUUUCCCAUGGGGCUCUUCAACCAAAUGUUAACGUAAAUCACAACAAGCAGAGAAAUGACUGUGUUAAGUUUGAGCAGUUUAUAAUUUCACUAUUUCAUUGUAUUACAUAUGACAGAUUGUUGGUAAUAAUGAUAAGAAUGUUGGAAAUAAAUGAUUUUCUCUGUAUUGAACAGCCUAUUAAUGUUCCUACAUUCUUUCCCUUAUAUAGAUAAUAAGUUUUCCAGGAUUUGCUUGGAGUGACAGUUAUGAAAAAGAGUAUCUAAAUUAAGUCCCCCGGUUAUUAUGGGUCAUGACUUUCACCCUUUGCUGACCCCGUCGGUUCCCCCACUAACAUUCUGUUUUAUUCAUUCUUGUUUGUAAUCAAAAUGUUUUUCUUUCCCUUCUCAGAAUUCUUGUCGUUUGACUUGGGAUUGGGAGUAAGACUCUGAAUUUGAAGGAACAUUUCACGUUCAUACUCAGUAUUCGCCUAAGUCAAUCAAUUGGUUUGAUUGGUUGGGGAACUCAGUUGGGGUCGGCACUUGGGUGGCAGUCUUACAGCUUUCGAGAGAAGGAAUUGACCAGAUUUGCCAUGGACAUAAACUUGGAGACCCUGCGACAUUGCGGUUUAGAGACCCUGCUACUUUUCGUGCUGGAGAAGUUUAUAAUUACUAUUGUCAAUGGCAGGAUAUAAUUAGUGGUUCUCCGUCUGCUCAACAAGUUCAGGUUUUAAAAUGGAUAAAAGAUAGUCUCAACUUUUUAAUACCCUCAACCCUUCUCUGGUAG